AUGAGUGAUAGUGAAGAAGAAGACGAAACGAAAAAGAUGCGUUCAACAGAAGAUAGAGAAAAAGAUGAAGCAUUUGAUAAAGAAAUUGAACAAGCAGCACAAGAAGAGAAAGAAGCUAAAAAGGAAAAGCAGGAAAUGUCUUCUAUUAUUCGUACCAUUAUUCCUUAUGCUAUUUUGUGCAAGACGUUUGAAAAGUGUGAAGCUACAACAAAACGAUUGGAAAUUACCGAGCAUUUAGUGACAUUGUUUGUGAAACUUUGUCCUGACUACGAAGGUCUUGAAUUGGGUAUUGGCGAGUCAUUAUUGAUGAAAGCUAUUGCACAAUCCACAGGAAGAGACAUGAAACAAUUAAAAGCAGACUAUGCCAAGAUAGGUGAUCUCGGCACGAUUGCCAUGAACAGUAAAGGAUCUCAAAGAACGCUGUUUAAGCCAAAACCAUUGACUGUGACUCAUGUGUUUCGUACUCUGAAAGAAGUAGCCAAAAUUGCAGGUCAUUCUGCUCAAUCCAAAAAGAUCGAUAAAAUCAAGAGUUUGUUGGUUGCCUGUCAAGAAACAGAAGCCAAAUUUAUCAUUCGACAUUUAGAGGGUAAAUUGCGUAUUGGUCUAGCAGAACAAACUGUCCUAUCUGCCUUAGCUCAAGCUGUGAUUCUCUCUGAUAAAGCCAAUGCUAAAUUAUCCUCUGAUAAAAAGGAAGCUUUAUUAGCGUCUGCUGUUGAGACCGUAAAAUAUGUUUACAAUCAAUUACCUUCGUAUGAUAUGAUUGUGCCUGCUUUACUUCAAUAUCCUUUGGAUGAAUUACUCCAUCAUUGUACGAUGCGUCCUGGUAUUCCUUUAAAACCCAUGUUGGCUCAUCCUACAAAGAGUUUGACCGAUAUUCUGGAUCGAUUUGAAGGUCAAACAUUUACCUGUGAAUUCAAAUAUGAUGGUGAGCGAGCACAGAUUCAUCGAUUAGAAGAUGGUACAAUUCAUGUCUAUAGUCGUAACUCUGAAAAUAUGUCUGUGAGAUACCCUGAUGUUAUGAGUACCAUUCACAAGUGGAUUAAACCAAAAACCACUUCUUUUAUUUUGGAUUGUGAAGCAGUAGCUUGGGAUAAAGUGGAAAAGAAGAUUUUACCUUUCCAAGUCUUGAGUACUCGAAAGCGUAAAGAUGUGAAAGAAGAAGACAUUACUGUUCGUGUAGCCAUGUUUGCCUUUGAUUGUUUGUAUCUGAAUGGACAAUCUUUAUUACAAAAACCUUUACAAGAACGUCGUGCUCGUUUAAAAGAAGCAUUUCAAGAAACAGAAAAUGAAUUCUAUUAUGCUAAACAUAUGGAUUCCAAUAAUAUUGAAGACAUUCAAACCUUUUUAGAUGUCUCUAUCAGCAGUAACUGUGAAGGAUUGAUGGUCAAGUCGUUUGAUCAUCAAGAUGCCACCUAUGAACCCUCCCGUCGUUCUCGUAACUGGCUCAAGGUCAAAAAGGACUAUUUGAACAAUGUGGGUGAUUCUAUGGAUUUGGUGGUCAUUGGUGGAUUCUAUGGCCGUGGUAAACGUACUUCUGUCUAUGGUGCUUUCUUACUUGCUUGCUAUGAUUCCGAAACAGAAGAAUAUCAAACGAUCUGUAAGAUUGGCACUGGUUUCUCGGAUGAAAACCUUCAAUUGUUCUAUGAUACACUCAAGGAUCAUGUGAUUGAACAACCCAAACGAUUCUAUUGUCUUGGUGAAAAUGCAGUGAAGCCAGAUAUCUGGUUUGAACCUGUUCAAGUCUGGGAAAUCAAAUGUGCUGAUUUAAGCGUGAGUCCGAGAUACAUGGCAGGUGUAGGAAGAGUAGAUCCCAAGAAGGGUAUUUCAUUGCGUUUCCCUCGAUUUAUUCGUGUGCGAGAUGAUAAAGACCCUGAAGAUGCUACUUCAAGCGAACAAGUAUCUCAGUUCUAUUUUGAUCAAACAAGUCAACAAGGCAAUAAGACGACACAGGAUAUGGAUUAUUAUUAA